AGAUGACGUCAUGCGCGCCGUCGCAGACGACGACUCCGUUAGCAGCUCCCAGCGCAGCGCCGUCCGUCAUCGCUGGCUCCGCGGGUUGGAUGUUUCGUUAAAAAGCUUCUCCUGCCGGCGACGGGAUAACCCGCACCGGUGGGUGCCUGUGUCAUGUCCAUGAACUGCGCGUCGGAACGCCGGUCGCUCUACGGGAGCCAGGCGUCGCUGCAUGGCGGGACUCCCCUUUUUAGCUGCGGUAUUUGCCUGGACGCAUAUACUAGCCCCAAGGUUCUGCCUUGUCUGCAUACUUUUUGCGAGUCCUGUCUGGAAAGUUACGUCCCGGCGGAGAGCCUUACUCUCAGCUGUCCCGUUUGUCGACAGCAGUCCAUCUUGCCCCAAGAGGGCGUUCCCGGCCUUCCGGACAACAGCCUACUUCAACGACUCAUGGAAGCUCCACCCUGUUCGGGCUGCGGGACGCCAGGGCCCUCACCACGCCAGUGCCCUGCAUGCUCACUUCCUCUCUGUUCCUCCUGUGAUCCCUGUACCGGUGACGGAGACACACUGCACCGGCCUGGCGGCAAACCCGUCGAACCCUUGCUUCUCUGCCCGAAGCACAGCAGCCAAACCCUACGCUUCUUCUGUCGCGACUGUGAAACGGCAGUGUGUGUCACUUGCACCGACAUAGAACAUUCCGGUCAUCGCACGACUCGCAUCCGCGAAGCAGCCGAGGACCUGCGAGUCGCCAUACGAACCCUUCUGGACGAAGCUCGCACACGGACACCCGCGUUGCGUGACGCCAUCAACGCUGUUACCGCUACGACGCGUAUGCUCGACGAGCGACACGACGAGGCUGCCCGUCGAGUUACGAUAUGCUUCAAUGAACUGGCAACGGUCAUCCGUGGCCGAGAAGACGCUCUGCUUGCGGAACUCGGCGAAAUACACGCACAUAAGAGGACUAUUCUAGAAGCUCAAAGAGGAGCCCUGGAAGCCGCUCUAGCUGGAGCGAGUGCGAGCUGUGACUUUGCGGAAGCGGCUCUCGAAAGUGGUUCCGAUACGGAGGUUGCGUUGCUUCAUAACGAGCUGGCUCAGAAAUUACGUCACUUCUCUCUACUGGACGCCCCGCAGGGCCCCGAAGAAAACGCCUGCAUCGACUUCGACGACGACGGUGCCCUGUCGACGCUUCGCGCUGCCUUGUUAGGACUAGGACGACUUCAAAGUCACAGCGCCGUUGCCCAUCAGACGACAGCUGCCGGUGCCGGACUAGCACGUUGUAUCGCCGGCCGACAAGCCCUAGUGAACAUCACGCCGAAAGAUCGCUUCGGAAACUUAGUUCACGCAGGUCCGGGCCCGUCUCUGGUGGCUGCCCAUCUGAGCGGUCCCCACGGUAAUUGCCCGAUUGAAGUGAUACGGCAAGGAGAUGGCAGCUAUGACGUCGUCUUUACCGUGCUCCGAGAAGGCAACUAUACGUUGGGUAUAUCACUCCUUGGACGUCCGAUUCGGGGAAGUCCCUUCGCGGUACGCGCCGUGGCGUCUGAAGAGGAGUCUUCGUCCAGCGGCGACAGGCCACCGGGGAAAGCGAGGGCAACAGGAGGGGCGAGGUCGACUCGAAGGCAUAUGAGCACGAGUAGUCGGUCCGGUUUCUCAUUUCUUCGAGUACCUGGUGAAGAUGACUUGGUGAGGCGAGUCGGGCGAAGGGGAAGAGCUAGAGGAGAACUCAGUAACCCUCAAGGCGUCUGCGCGGCACCGGGAGGCAUGGUAGUGGUUGCUGACAGCAAUAAUCAGUGUGUACAGGUCUUUGGAACAAGCAGGACCGACGAAUGCCGCUUGCGUUUCGGUAUCCGAGGGCGAGGAGCGGGCCAAAUGCAGCGGCCAACCGGAGUGGCACUCACGCAGGCGGGGCACUUCGUAGUGGCGGACUACGAGAACAAGUGUAUCAGUGUCUUCGAACCAAAUGGACGAUUCAUAAACCGUUUGGGCGUAGGCCGUCUCCUAGGACCGAAGGGCAUUGCCGUCGACAAGAACGGACACAUCGUUGUGGUGGACAACCGGGGCAGCUCCGUCCUCGUAUUCCACGACAGCGGGAAGCUUCUUGGACGCUUCGGUACCCGCGGUGUGGGAAGCAACCACUUCGCCGGUCCGCACUACGCCGCCGUCAACAGCCGGAACCAGAUAGUUGUGUCCGACUUUCACAACCACAGUGUCAAGAUAUUGGAUUCGCAAGGCAACUUCGUCGCGUCCUUCGGGUCACACGGUGAAGGGCUGGGUCAAUUCAAUGCUCCAACUGGUGUGGCUGUGGACGCCCAGGACAACAUCCUCGUCGCUGACUGGGGUAACAGCAGGAUACAGGUCUUCGACAGCAACGGCUCUUUCCUGUCCUUCGUCAAUAGCAGCGCCGAUCCUCUGUACGGUCCCCAAGGACUCGCCCUCACGGACGACGGCAACGUCGUGGUCGCCGAUUCUGGCAACCAUUGCCUCAAAGUAUACAAGUACUUACAGUGAAGCUUUUGUCCUCCAGCGUUGGUGCCAAUCUUGACUGUCGUAGUUUACGUUAGCCAAAUAGCUGCAUAGCAAUAUACGUGCAGAAGGUAACAUAUCCUGAGCUUGUCAUCUUCCAAAAGGACUAUAAGUGCUGUGCUUGGUAUUCAAGAGGUGGUGUGUGGGAGGAACUAGUCAUCGAGAGAGGAACUAUGCAAUCUGUUUGGGAUGCAGUGGAAUUUGUACAUUAUACAUUGUACAUUUGUACUGAUGUACCGGGGGAAAUGUGUGUGAUAAAGAGGGGUAACAGUUUACAGUUCGGAUAA